AUGGUUGCCGAAAGAUUUAUAGCUUCUGUUAAUGAAUCUUCGAAACCUCAACUUCAAAUGGGAUUCUUCAUCAAUUACGACGUUGAAGAUAUACUAAAACAAGAAAAUGAAUCAACUCUUCGGUAUCAUAAAGGGGAAUCUAUCUCUAUGCUCGAUGGAGUUCUUGUUUCUAUCAAGGAUGAAAUAGACUGUUUACCAUAUUCUACUACAGGAGGUACAAAAUGGCUGCAUAAACGAAGGCCUUGUACGGAUGACGCUUUUUGUGUCAAGCGUUUAAGAUUAUGCGGCGCCAUACUUGUUGGAAAGACUAAUAUGCAUGAACUUGGCGCGGGAACUACCGGUAAAAAUCCAUAUUAUGGGGCUUCUAGAAAUCCAUAA